CUUGCGGCCGGCUCAGAUGCUUGUGUGAAGCCAGCCUGAAGCCUGUGGGAGACUUCAAGGUAGAGUGAAGGAAUGUGCAUGCACACCUGGGUGGACAGAUGGCUGAGGUGGGAUAAGCUAGUGACAUGAGAAGACAGCAGAAGACGCCAGAUUUCAACAAGACACAUUUAGGCUUCCUUGGAUUCCCACAUCAAAGAAAAGCUGCAAGCUUUCAGAAAGAGUUCUCCUUUGACGAUAAAGAAGAGCCUGCCAACCUCAGGAGAGGCCUUGAUGCCAAGUGUUUGGCUGCACUCCCUAAAGUUGCAGAAUUAAGAAAAAUCUUUGAACCGAAGAGGAAAGACUUUUUAGAAAUGAAAAGAAAAGAAAGAAUUGCCAGGCGCUUAGAAGGAAUAGAAAAUGACCCCCAGCCCAUCCUGCUGCAGAGCUGCACAGGACUCGUGACUCAUCGACUGCUGGAGGAAGACACGCCCAGAUACAUGCGCGCCACAGACCCCGCCAGCCCACACACUGGGCGAUCCAAUGAAGAGGAAGAUACUCCUGGGUCUUCCCUAGAAAAGCAAACUCCAUCUAAAUACUGCACAGAAACCUCGGGCAUCCAUAGUUCGGGCUCCAUGGACACCCACAGUCUGGAAUCCAAGGCGGAAAGGAUUGCAAGGUACAAAGCAGAGAGGAGGCGGCAGCUGGCAGAAAAGUACGGGCUGACUCUGGACCCCGAAGUAGACUCUGAAUACUUGUCUCGCUAUACCAAGUCUCGGAGGGACCCUGAUGCGGCUGAGAGACGAGGAAAGAGUGACAAGCAGGAAGAACAGAGCAAGGAUGCCAGUUCCCGGCAUUCUAGGACGGAGCCAGGGCCCAGAGCCAGCUUGGUGGAGUCACAGGAGUGUGCCCCCGUGGGAAGCAGUUUGUCGGACCAGGAGCUGCUUCUCAAUGUGGAGAACCAGCGAAGAGUCCAAGAGACCUCCAUGGCAGAAGACGGUUCCCCUGCCUUCUUUUCUGAGCGAGGCACCUUCUUCCCCGAAGUGCCAAGGUCCCCAAAGCAGAUGCCCAGCUCAUCGCAUCAGCAGCCAGCCUCCCCGAGCCACCCUGGUGACCCGCCACUACCUACAGAGGCCCGAGCCAGUGCGGGGAAGGCCACACAUGAGUGGUUUCUGCAGAAAGAUUCCGAAGGGGAUACAUCUUCACUUAUCAACUGGCCUUCCAGAGUUAAAGUUAGAGAAAAAUUGGUGAAAGAGGAGAGUGCUCGCAGCAGCCCUGAACUCACCUCAGAGUCCUUAACUCAGAGGAGACAGCAGCCAGUACCAGCGCAUUUCCUGUCUAUCCAGUCAAAAAGCUCCGCCUUGGAUAGGGUCACCAACAAAGCAGUGGGCUCCCUGCGGGCAAGCCGGAGCUGUGUCCUGCCAGCUGACCCUGUUCAUGCCAUCAAGCUGGUGACCAUGGACAGCCCAGAAAGCGCAUCUGAAUGCAGCUGGGUGGGACCAGCCACCCCCAAUGUCAUAAAAUCUACCACCUGGAAGAUUCUAGAAAGUGGGUCAAGGGACACUCCCGUCCUCCAGAUUUGUGAAUCAAGAGAAGAAGAUGUGCUCUCCCCUGAAAGUCCAGAGGGGAGACCCAAAUCACUCUUGGCCUCAGAAGACGACAGGCUUGUGAGAGGCCACAAAGAUCCCUCUGGUAAUGAUGAUUUAGAGAUGCUGACCGCUCACUCCAUCGCCGCAGAGCCUGAGACGGAGUGGCAAGUUCAACAUCCACCCACUCAGAGAACUGGCCGGAGUGAAAUGGUUCUGUAUGUUCAGAGUGGUCCUGUGUCUCAAGAUGCCACAUUGACCAGUCACACAAAGGAGGCCUCUCCAAAGAAGCGUAAGGUCCUGGCCCGCUCCCUGUCCGAUUACACGGGUCCCCCUCAGCUCCAGGCCCCCAAACACAAGGAUGCAGCCCGGAAGCAGGAGCUGGGGCUGCAGGGUUCCAGGGCAGAGGGGCCUGGUGCAGAAGCCAGCAUGUUGGACACCAGAGUCUCCGUUGCCCAGCUCCGAAAUGUAUUUCUGGAGUCAGCCCGAGCCAGCAAGAAACCUGAACUUCCUAAAAGCCAAUCCCGGGUUGAGAGGUCAGCUGAAGGAACUGGCUUGCCCAUGGAACGGGAGAGAGGGUCUCGGAAACCAAGACGCUAUCUUUCUCCCAGUGAAAGUAGAAAAACUUCUGAGCGGUUUAGAACUCAACCUAUAACGUCAGCAGAGCGGAAGGAAUUGGAUAGGUACCCUUCGGGCUCAGACUUGCCGGUGGUUGAGGAUGAAGAGAAGGUGGAUGAACGGGCCAAACUGAGUGUUGCUGCCAAGAGGCUUCUCUUCAGGGAGAUGGAGAAAUCGUUUGAUGAGCACAGUGUACCAAAGAGACGUUCAAGAAAUGCAGCCGUGGAGCAGAGGUUGCGUCGCUUGCAGGACCGUUCACAUACCCAGCCCAUCACCACUGAGGAAGUGGUCAUUGCAGCCACUGAACCUAUCCCUGCUUCGUGUUCUGGGGUCACCCACUCUGUAAUGGCGAGACUACCUAGCCCCACUGUAGCUAGGAGCACUGUGCAGCCUGCCAGGUUGCAGGCAUCUGCUCACCAAAAGGCUUUAGCGAGGGCCCAGGCAAAUGAGGGCAGAGAGUCUGCCGAACCAGGAGAACCUGAUUCCUCCACUCUGAGCUUAGCGGAGAAAUUGGCCUUGUUUAACAAAUUGUCCCAGCCAGUCUCCAAAGCCAUUUCUACCAGAAACAGAAUAGACGUGCGGCAGAGGAGGAUGAACGCCAGAUAUCAGACUCAGCCAGUCACCCUUGGAGAGGUGGAGCAGGUGCAGAGCGGAAAGCUCAUCUCCUUCUCCCCCUCUGUGAGCACAUCUGUUUCUACCAUGGCCGCUGCAGUUGCUCCCACGUACGCAGGGGACCUUCGAACGAAGCCAGCUGUUGACGACAGUCCAAGUGCCACUGACUAUAAGCUUCCCUCUCCUGUGGAACAUUCAGACUCUCCAGUAAGAAGCAUUCUGAAACCCCAAGCCUGGCGGCCUUCGGCAGAGCACAGUGGGAGCAAAGGAAUGCCGGGGGAGCCCGAGGAGCCAGAGAGCAAGACAGCUCUGACUGCAACUGCAGGGGACAGUGACCUUCAAGCUCACAGAGCCUUUGAGGAGGAAGCAGAGCCCUCCUACCCUAUCCUUGGCAGAGUCAGGGAGGGCGAUGGCCAGAAGGAGCCUAAACAUGACAUCCUAAGAAGAGGAAGCUUGGAGCUUGGGAAUCCUCCUGCUGCCCACCUCAGUGAUCAGCUGAAGGAAUUUUCCAGUGCUAAAAGCAGUUUGCAAGGGAAUCUAGACCUGAAGGAUAAGCAGGCCUCAGAGGAGAAAGCAGACGUGGAGGACGCCGUGAGGAGGUUCUCACUCAAAGAGUUUGGAGAGCCUGCUUCUGAGCAGACGGAGCCAGCUGCCGGGAAAGCCUCUGUUCAUAUGGUAUCCCCAGCGUCCUGGAAGCAGCAGGAUUCCUCGGAGCAGGUAGCAGAGAGGCUUUUCAAGAACCCCUGCGCCAUGUUUGCUGCUGGAGAGGUCAAAGUGCCAGGGAGCGAGACUCUCCUGGAUUCACCCAGCAAAACCAUGUCAAUCAAAGAGAGGCUGGCGCUGUUGAAGAAGAGUGGAGAGGAAGACUGGAAGAACAGACUGAUUCGGAAGCAGGAAUAUGGCAAAGCCACCAGCGGCCUGCACAUCCAGGAGGUGGACCAGUCCCUGAGGAAGAAGGGAGAAGGAGGAUUUACAGAUGAUAAUGCCAUUUCUAAUCUGCUUUGGCGGGUCACAGAGAGCCGAGAGUGCCAGAUGACCAUUGAGGAGAGGAAGCACCUCAUCACUGUGCGCGAGGAAGCCUGGAAGGCAAAGGGCCGAGGCGCUGCCAACGACUCAACCCAGUUUACCGUCGCAGGGAGAAUGGUGAAGAAAGGUCUGGCGUCACCCACCGCCAUAACUCCAGUCUCCUCACCUCUGUGCAGUAAAUCAAGGGGCACUACCCCGGUCUCCAAACCCUUGGAAGAUAUUGAAGCCAGACCUGAUAUGCAGCUGGAAUCAGACCUGAAGCUGGACAGGCUGGAAACCUUCCUAAGGAGGCUGAACAACAAAGUUGCUGGGAUGCAGGAAACGGUUCUCACGGUCACCGGCAAAUCUGUCAAGGAGGUGAUGAAGUUGGAUGACGACGAGACUUUUGCCAAAUUCUACCGCAGCGUGGAUCACAGUAUACCCAGAGGUCCUGUGGAGCUGGAGGAGGACUUUGAUGUCAUUUUCGACCCUUAUGCUCCCAAGUUGACAUCUUCCGUGGCAGAACAUAAACGCUCUGUCAGGCCCAAGCGCCGGGUCCAGGCUUCCAAGAACCCUCUCAAACUGCUGGCGGCAAGAGACGACCUCCUUCAGGAAUACACAGAGCAAAGGCUCAACGUUGCCUUCAUGGAAUCCAAGCGGAUGAAAGUGGAAAAGAUGUCAUCCAAUUCCAACUUCUCGGAGGUGACUCUGGCCGGCCUAGCCAGCCGGGAGAACUUCAGCAACAUCAGCCUGCGGAGCGUCAACCUGACAGAGCAGAGCUCCAACAACAGUGCUGUGCCCUACAAGAAGCUCAUGCUGCUGCAGAUUAAAGGAAGAAGACACGUCCAGACGAGGCUGGUGGAGCCUCGAGCCUCCUCACUCAACAGUGGGGACUGCUUCCUCCUGCUCUCUCCUCAGUUCUGCUUCCUGUGGGUAGGAGAGUUCUCCAAUGUCAUCGAGAAGGCAAAGGCAUCGGAACUCGCAACGUUAAUUCAGACAAAGAGGGAGCUUGGCUGUAGGGCUACGUACAUCCAGACCAUUGAGGAAGGAAUUAACACGCAUACUCACGCAGCCAAAGACUUCUGGAAGCUCCUGGGUGGCCAGACCAGUUACCAGUCUGCCGGAGACCCAAAGGAAGAUGAGCUCUACGAGACAGCCAUCAUAGAGACAAACUGUGUCUACCGCCUGACAGACGACAAGCUUGUUCCCGAUGAUGACUACUGGGGGAAGAUUCCAAAGUGCUCCCUGCUGCAGUCCAAAGAGGUCCUGGUGUUUGACUUUGGUAGUGAAGUUUAUGUGUGGCACGGGAAGGAAGUCACACUAGCACAACGGAAAAUAGCAUUCCAGCUGGCCAAGCACUUGUGGAAUGGAACCUUUGACUAUGAAAAUUGUGACAUCAACCCACUGGACCCCGGAGAGUGCAACCCGCUCAUUCCCAGGAAAGGGCAUGGCCGACCUGACUGGGCAAUAUUUGGGAGAGUUACUGAGCACAACGAGACUAUACUGUUCAAAGAGAAAUUCCUCGACUGGACAGAACUGAAGAGGCCCACGGAGAAGAAUUCUGGGGACGCUGUCCAGCAGAAGGAUGACCCUAGGGCUGAUAUUAAGCCCUAUGAUGUGACACAGAUGGUGGCAACGCCCCAGGUAACAGCCAGCACCAUCCUCGAUGGGGUGAACGUUGGCCGUGGCUAUGGCCUGGUGGAAGGAGAUGACAGGAGACAGAUUGAGAUUGCCACUGUCUCUGUGGAUGUGUGGCAUAUCCUGGAGUUUGACUACAGCCGGCUCCCCAGGCAGAGCAUCGGGCAGUUCCAUGAGGGGGAUGCCUACGUGGUCAAGUGGAAAUAUAUGGCAAGCACAGCAGUGGGGAGCCGACAAAAGGGAGAGCAGCCAGUGAGAGUGGCCGGCAAAGAGAAAUGUGUCUAUUUCUUCUGGCAAGGCCGGCACUCAACUGUGAGUGAGAAAGGAACGUCAGCUCUGAUGACGGUGGAGCUGGAUGAAGAGAGGGGAGCCCAGGUGCAGGUCCUGCAGGGAAAGGAGCCCCCCUGUUUUCUUCAGUGUUUCCAGGGAGGUAUGGUGGUGCACUCUGGACGAAGGGAAGAGGAAGAAGAAAAUGUGCAAAGUGAAUGGAGACUGUAUUGUGUGCGAGGAGAGGUCCCCAUGGAGGGGAACUUGCUGGAGGUGGCCUGCCACUGUAGCAGCCUGAGGUCCAGAACGUCCAUGGUUGUUCUAAACAUAAACAAGGCCCUCAUUUACCUGUGGCACGGAUGCAAAGCUCAAGGCCAUACGAAGGAGGUUGGAAGGACCGCAGCCAACAAGAUCAAAGAGCAAUGUCCCCUGGAGGCAGGAUUGCACAGCAGCAGCAACGUGACAAUACAUGAGUGUGACGAAGGAUCCGAGCCCCUGGGAUUCUGGGAUGCUCUGGGGAGGAGGGACAGGAAGGCGUAUGACUGCAUGCUUCAAGAUCCUGGAAGUUUUAACUUCGCGCCCCGCCUGUUCAUCCUCAGCAGCUCCUCCGGAGACUUCUCAGCGACAGAGUUCGUGUACCCGGCUAGAGCGCCCUCUGCUGUCAGCUCCAUGCCUUUCCUACAGGAGGAUCUGUACAGCGCGCCACAGCCAGCUCUCUUCCUUGUUGACAAUCACCACGAGGUGUACCUCUGGCAAGGCUGGUGGCCCACUGAGAACAAGAUAACCGGCUCUGCCCGCAUUCGCUGGGCCUCAGACCGGAAGAGAGCCAUGGAGACAGUCCUACAGUACUGCCGAGGAAAGAACCUCAAAAGGCCACCCCCCAAGUCUUACCUUAUCCAUGCUGGCCUAGAGCCCCUGACGUUCACCAACAUGUUUCCCAGCUGGGAACACAGGGAAGAUAUUGCCGAGAUCACAGAAAUGGAUACUGAAGUGUCCAACCAGAUCACCCUGGUGGAAGAGGUCUUAGCCAAGCUGUGUAAAACCAUCUAUCCGCUGGCAGAUCUGCUUGCUAGGCCACUCCCAGAGGGGGUGGACCCGCUCAAGCUGGAGAUUUAUCUCACAGAUGAAGACUUCGAGUUCGCACUGGACAUGACCAGAGAUGAAUUCAACAUGCUGCCCACCUGGAAGCAAGUGAACCUGAAGAAAGCGAAGGGCCUAUUCUGAGAACAAGAUGGUGGGAGCCCAG